GCUGCUGCUGCUGCUGCUGCACUGCACUGCAUAUGACAUAACCUUAUGACAUGGGUCUUUGCAAAUCGAGCACAGAUACAAGGUUGUGUGGGUCUUUUUUCUUCUACUGUCUGAACAAAAUUCGCUUUACCCUCGAUCGUCGGUGGGUCUCAUUUUUACAAAAUACAAUUGACAAUGUCACAGAAAUGUGAAUGCUGCAGAACCAUAACGGCCUACAUAUGCCCUGUUGUGGAGUGCCAAGAAUCUUUUGACAACGAGGGCCAGUAUGAAAACCACAGACUUGCUCGACAUUGGGGGCUAGCUGCUUCUGUUGCUCCAGAGCGAGCCCACAAGGUUGUCAAGGAGAUUGACGCUGCCGAAUGUGUACACGAGAAACGUCACGAACGACGGGAAGGCGAGGUCAGAAUAAAGCGUAUUUCGAAGCAAGGACAUUAUCAGAACCAUUGGAAGCUGGAUCUUGUGCCCAACAUGCCGGUGAAGAGGCGGAUUGUGGUAAAGAGUAUCAAUCAGCGAGCGACACGGGAGGAUGUUGACAAUGACGAUGACAGCGCCACGGAGCUGUCACCAUGAUAGCAUAGUACUGUUUUUACACCUACUACAUAACUAUAGUUGUAUACUACUUCCCAAUCCCCCCAUUCCCAGGGAGGCGGAAUCAUGACGGAGGUCGAUCCUCCUUUCAAUUCGUGUCACCUUUCAUUAUCAGCUUGUUUCAUAAUGUGUAAUGACUUUGACCCAUCUGUGCACUUGGUUGGGGGUCAAUGACCCUAGAGUGUUUUAGCGAGGCUUCUUUUGCCUAUUAGCCAGCAUACCCAGGCACACACUCUCUUAGGAAUGGAAGAUGGAAGGAGAGUGGGUGGGGUGCCAAAGCGACAAGGCCAAUCCACACAGAAAAAAAAUAAAUAAUUUUAUUGUUGGC